AUGCCCAAGCAGUGGCCCACCAUCGUCAAGCUCGAGACUUUUAUCCCCAGCGCCAAUGGCUCUGGGGGCGACUAUCACAGACAGAAUACCGACCACUGGAUCGUCCAAGGCAACAUCUCAUGCCCCAUGCACAAGUACGAAGAGUACAAGGUCUCGCGAACGUCCUGGGGUAUCGGCGUCCUCGGUAUCAAAGUCCACGCGUCUGACGGUACCGUCGGCUAUGCGACUGGUUUCGGCGGUCCUCCUGCCUGCUGGCUCAUUGAAGAGCAUUUCAAGCGCUUCAUCAUCGGCCAAGACCCGAGGGAUACCAACAAAAUGUGGGAUAUGAUGUUCCGGGCUUCCAUGUUUUACGGUCGUAAAGGUCUUCCCCUCGCCGCCAUCUCCGUCGUCGACCUCGCCAUCUGGGACCUCAUCGGCAAAAUCCGGGGCGAACCCAUCUACAAGAUGAUCGGCGGGCGCACCAAAAAAGACAUUCCCCUUUACCUCACUGGCCCCCGUCCGGAAGUUGCCAAGAAGCUCGGGUUCUGGGGCUCCAAAGUCGCCCUCCCGCACGGCCCCUCGGACGGGCACGAGGGGAUCAGGAAGAAUGUGCGGUAUUUGAAGGCGUGUAAGGAGGCGGUGGGGGAGGAUUAUCCGGUGCAGGUGGAUUGUUAUAUGAGUUUGGAUGUGCCGUAUACCAUCGCGCUCAUCAAGGCGUGUGAGAAGGCAGGGGUUGAGAUGAAUUGGUGGGAAGAGGUGCUUCAUCCCGACGACUUUGAUGGGCAUGUCAAGCUCAAGGAGGCGUUGCCGCAUAUCAAGUUUACCACCGGCGAGCACGAGUAUUCCAAGUAUGGGUUCCGAAAACUUAUCGAGAACCGUGCGGUCGAUAUCAUCCAGCCGGACGUCAUGUGGCUCGGAGGACUGACCGAGUUGAUCAAAGUCGCUUCGAUGGCGGCAGCGUACGAUAUCCCGGUGGUGCCGCAUGGUUCGGGGCCGUAUUCGUUCCAGGCUAUCAUGACGUUCCCGAACUCGGACUUUUGCGAGUACAUCGCAAACUCCCCCGACGGCAAAUCCAUCCACCCCUCCUUCGGCAACCUCUUCACCAACGAAGUACUCCCCCACAACGGCGUGGUGGAUCUCACGGACGAGCCCGGGUGGGGGCUGGAGUUGAACCCGGAGGCGGAGUUGGUGCCGUAUGGGAGCUUUUUUAGGGUUGAUAGGGGCUUGGGGGCGGCGGGGGCGGGGGCGGCGGGGGAGGAGGAGGGGAAGGGGAAGGGGAAGGGGAAGGGGAAGGUCAAUGGGAAGCAUUAG